AUGAGACAGAGGAUCAGGGAGGAGGAGACAGAGAGUCAGGGAGGAGGAGACAGAGGGUCAGAGAAGAGGAGACAGAGGAUCAGAGAGGAGGAGACAGAGGGUCAGAGAGGAGGAGACAGAGGGUCAGAGAAGAGGAGACAGAGGAUCAGAGAGGAGGAGACAGAGGGUCAGAGAGGAGGAGACAGAGGGUCAGAGAGGAGGAGACAGAGGGUCAGAGAAGAGGAGACAGAGGAUCAGAGAGGAGGAGACAGAGGGUCAGAGAGGAGGAGACAGAGGGUCAGAGAAGAGGAGACAGAGGGUCAGAGAAGAGGAGACAGAGGGUCACAGAGUAUGAGACAGAGGAUCAGGGAGGAGGAGACAGAGAGUCAGGGAGGAGGAGACAGAGGGUCAGAGAGGAGGAGACAGGAUCAGAGAGGAGGAGACAGAGGGUCAGGGAGGAGGAGACAGAGGGUCAGGGAGGAGGAGACAGAGGGUCAGGGAGGAGGAGACAGAGGGUCAGAGAGGAGGAGACAGAGGGUCAGAGAGGAGGAGACAGAGGGUCAGGCAGGAGGGGACAGAGUCAGGGAGGAGGAGACAGAGGGUCAGGCAGGAGGGGACAGAGUCAGGGAGGAGGAGACAGAGGGUCAGGGAGGAGGAGACAGAGAUUCAGAGAGGAGCAGACAGAGAGGAGGAGACAGAGGGUCAGGGAGGAGGAGACAGAGGGUCAGGGAGGAGGAGACAGAGGAUCAGGCAGGAGGGGACAGAGUCAGAGAGGAGCAGACAGAGAGGAGGAGACAAAGGGUCAGGGAGGAGGAGACAGAGAGUAGAGGAGAGAGGGUUAGAGAGGAGGAGAGAGGGUUAGAGAGGAGGAGACAGAGGGUCAGAGAGGAGGAGACAGAGGGUCAGAGAGGAGGAGACAGAGGGUCAGAGAGGAGGAGACAGAGGGUCAGAGAGUAUGAGACAGAGGAUCAGGGAGGAGGAGACAGAGAGUCAGGGAGGAGGAGACAGAGGGUCAGAGAGGAGGAGACAGGAUCAGAGAGGAGGAGACAGAGGUUCAGGGAGGAGGAGACAGAGGGUCAGGGAGGAGGAGACAGAGGGUCAGGGAGGAGGAGACAGAGGGUCAGAGAGGAGGAGACAGAGGGUCAGAGAGGAGGAGACAGGGGGUCAGAGAGGAGGAGACAGAGAGUCAGAGAGGAGGAGACAGGGGGUCAGAGAGGAGGAGACAGAGGGUCAGAGAGUAUGAGACAGAGGAUCAGGGAGGAGGAGACAGAGAGUCAGGGAGGAGGAGACAGAGGGUCAGAGAGGAGGAGACAGGAUCAGAGAGGAGGAGACAGAGGGUCAGGGAGGAGGAGACAGAGGGUCAGGGAGGAGGAGACAGAGGGUCAGAGAGGAGGAGACAGAGGGUCAGAGAGGAGGAGACAGAGGGUCAGAGAGGAGGAGACAGAGGGUCAGAGAGGAGGAGACAGAGGGUCAGAGAGGAGGAGACAGAGGGUCAGGGAGGAGGAGACAGAGAGGAGGAGACAAAGGGUCAGGGAGGAGGAGACAGAGGGUCAGGGAGGAGGAGACAGAGGAUCAGAGAGGAGGAGACAGCGGGUCAGAGAGGAGGAGACAGAGGGUCAGGCAGGAGGGGACAGAGUCAGGGAGGAGGAGACAGAGGGUCAGAGAGGAGGAGACAGAGGGUCAGAGGAGCAGACAGAGAGGAGGAGACAGAGGGUCAGGGAGGAGGAGACAGAGAGAAGAGGAGAGAGGGUUAGAGAGGAGGAGACAGAGGAUCAGAGGAGCAGACAGAGAGGAGGAGACAGAGGGUCAGGGAGGAGGAGACAGAGGGUCAGGGCGGAGGAGACAGAGGGUCAGAGAGGAGGAGACAGAGGGUCAGGGAGGAGGAGACAAAGGUUCAGGGAGGAGGUGUGGGACAACAGUGAGAAAGGGAGUGUGUUUUGA